AUGGUAUUUGUUGAAACAGAAUCUCCGGAAACAAAACCCAAGAUAGUAUCUUCAAAACAAAAAGUGAAAUGCCAACGACUUCCAAAGAACAUUAAAAAGAGUCUAGAAUCCAAAAUCCAUUGGACAAUAAUAGCUAUUCUCUAUGAAAUUACACAAGAUUACAAUGAAACUGAAAAGCACUUGAAUAACCUCAAGGAAAGGCUUCUGAAAUGUAUUGCAACUUUGGAAGUUCCUGUGGAUGAGCUGAAUUAUCUGAGCAAUGUACAAAAGGUUCUAAAAGAAGAAAACAAAAAGUAUAUUUUAAUGGAAGAAGGAUUGCAGCAUCUGGAGGAAGAAAUAACCAAAGAUGUCUCAACAUUACAUACAGUGGAUGAAAAAAUGCAAAUACUUCAAAAGAAAAUAAAAGCAUUAAAACAUGAGCUGGCAGCAUUAGAAACAGAAGCAGAUCAGUUAUUUCAUAGAGAUACUAAACAUGACCUAGGUCUUCCUGGUCUUUCAGUGGAAUAUUUCAAACUACCUACUCUUCAGAAUGAGAUUUUGAAGAUUGGAAACCCACACGCUCUUCUUGAUGACAUGAAUAUCAUUCAGCAAUCAGAUGAGAUGAAGAAUAUGAUGGGAUUUCUAGAACAAUUAUAUGAAAAGGCAGACCAUCGAUGUACAGAAGAACAAUGA